ACCCUCGUCACGGCUGUAGUUUGUUUACGAACAUAAAAGAAAUCACGAAUAUCAGCGGAAGUGGCGAUGAAAUAUUUUUUUUUUUUUGAUAUGACAAAGUUAUCCGGAAGUAAACGAGUCGCACCAACAUAUUAAACAUUUAGAGGAACUAUGACAUUGAGAGCACAUUGUCAACACAACAGAAAAUCAUGUUAAGUUUCUUCGGAUUCCGUAAAGACUCAAAAAAGUCAACAUCUGACAAGGAAGUAGAUGGAGGCUUUGUCAUCAUUGGAGAAACAGCUGAGGAGCAAAGGCAGAAAAUGUCCACCAUGAACAUUGCUCAACCCUCUACCAAUGUCAUUAUACGGCCAUUUAGGGAAUCCCGUCCAAAUCCAUCUCGACACACUGGUGAAAAGUUGCCUGCACCUGUACGUCCUGUGAGACCAGCAGAUGAGCCCCCGGCGGUGGAAGCUCCUUCAGCUUCUUCAGCUUCUUCAGCCUCCCAAGAUCUUCUGAGUGACAUCCCCUUCACUUUGGCCCCUCACGUCUUGGCCAUGCAUUCAGGAUUCCCCCGAGUCACAGAUGUCCUACUGUCCUGCAACCUAAACUACAGCCUGGGCAGUUAUAAGUAUGACUUCAGUUUAGAAAACUCUGUGCUCCAUAACAACCAGUCUGUUUGAAUUUUGAAAUCGCCAUGAAUUCACAAUCGGGGAAACUUACGGAAGAGUAUUAGGGCCAGGAAAAUAAAAAUUAUAUUUUAGAGGAGGAAGAUUUUU